GUACAUCAUUUUGGUAUCAAAACUUGUUGUCACGCAUCUCUCAAGGACCAAAACACACUUCCCUCACUCUUCUCCUCUCACUUUCGGCCCUCAACCCCCUCCACACCCUACUCCUUUUCGUGCCUCUUUCAAAUAUGUCAAACCGAUCCCGAAGCAUGUCUCAUGAAGAACUUGUGGCCUCCAAUGCCGCCUUGCAAACUCAAGUGGAAUACUUGGCCAAAGAAGUGGCUAGGCUUACCAAGCAAAAGAUGUCCAUGUAUCAAAAUAGUGAAGAUGAAGAGGAAGCUAGCUCUAGUGCUACCAUGCGAGCUAAGGCUCAAGAUAAGUCCCAUUCUGACUUCAAAGUUGAUAUUCCAAUCAUUGAAGGGAAGAAUGAACCGGAUGAGUUUCUUGAGUGGUUAGAGACGGUGGAGCGAGUCUUUGAUUUCAAAGAAGUCUCCGACGACAAGAAGGUCAAGAUUGUGGCCUUAAAAUUCCGCAAGUACGCCUCCACCUGGUGGACGAACACCUGCACCAAACGGACUCGAAGUGAGAAGCUGUUGUACCCGAGACCCGGGGUCUUAUCGAGUAGCUAAUUUGUGGCGUAUUUGCGGAGGGAAAUGGAAUUGAAGGGGUGUAAUAUGGAGUGUGGGAAAGAGUUCUUUUUGAUGUUUUUAAUGAGAGAAAAGAAUAAGUUUAGGAAAAAGAAAUGGUGAGGAAUGAAAUGGGCAGAAAAGUGAAGGGAUAAACCAAGUUGGUGUUAAGAGAUAUGACACACUCUUAUCUUAACUUGGGGCUUUUAUCUUCUUUUACACAUUAAUAAUCACUACUAAUGUAU